AUGAAGGGAACGGCUACUAAUCGUCGGAUACUUUUCACUCCCGAUUCUUUUGAGUUAUUGACGACAACCGAUUGGAGUAACGGUUUGUUUGCCGCAGACUUUACCACAGAAUUCAUAAUGGGAAUGGGAUUAAACCAAAACCGCGAACCCCUGGCCUUAUUCAUCGUACACAAACUAACAUCCAGGACAAUACACAGCCAACAGUCGUAG